UUUCAAGGAUUCAUAGACAAUUCAUUGUUCAUACAACUCAAGUUUAGUUGAACUUAAAUAGUUAGGGACAUCAACUUAACGACUCUACGACGUGAAUAUAAAAGGCUGCUUUCAAGAUCAACUUCUUACUUUGAUUGUAAACUUUGGUUGUUCAAUUUGCUUCAUCUCAAACAAUUGUAUUCAUCUUCAACAAUGCCUUUGAAUUUGUAUUAUCACCCACUUUCUCCGCCAUCAAAUGUGGUUCGGAUUGUUGCUAAGCUAAUCGACACAUCCUUUGAGGAAACUGAAGUCAGUGUAGUGACUGGUGAACAUUUGAAGCCAGAAUUUUUAUCCAUAAACCCAUUCCACUGUGUUCCUACCUUGGUGGAUGAUGGAUAUGCUCUUUGGGAAAGUCGAUCGAUAAUUACUUAUCUUGUGGAUAAAUUUGCUCCUGGACAUUCACUUUAUCCAACUGACCUACAAAAACGAGCAACAGUCAAUCGAUGGCUGUAUUGGGACUCAGGAACAUUUUACGCUUCAUUGAAUGCCUAUUUUGGUCCAGUCUUUGCGGGAAAACCAGUGAAACCAGAAGCAGCUGAAGUGUUCAAGAAAAAUGCUUCAGCACUGGAUGAAUCAUUGAAAAGUACUAAAUAUGUUGCUGGUGAUGAAUUGAGUGUUGCUGAUAUUUCAAUUACAGUUACUAUUUCAGUUGCUUCAGCUAUGGGCAUUGAUACAAGUGAACUCAAAAAUGUUGAAAAAUGGUUGAAACAAGUGGAAAGUGACUUUGACCCAUCGACUUGGCAAACUUUAGUCAUUGAUUCAGCUAAUGGUUUAGGAACUUACUUCAAGUCAAAGGCUUUUAGUUCAUAAACUGCUUGUUGUUCAAAUCUCGGCUUGAUCAAAAUACAUGUAUCUAUCUAUAUCAUAGUUUAAUUAAA